AUGUCAAGAUAUUUGAGUGCUGGUGCUUUGAUAGACGAGAAUUGGGUGCUUACUGCCGCUGAUGCAUUGUUCUUAUUACGAGAAGCAUCAAGAACAUUACGAGUGAGACUUGGCAGCAUCAACUAUCGGAAGGGAGGCUUAGUAUUGCCAGUGAAAUACUUCGAAAUUCAUCCGCAUUUUGAUGAUAACAGUCCUAUAUAUGACCUGGCCCUUAUCAGGUUGCCUGAAACUGUUAGAUAUACUCCCAGUCUUAGAGCUAUAAGGCUGCAGAAGUCUAUGAGGGAAGCUGAUGCUACUCAUUUUAUUGUUACAUCUUGGCCUUAUCCUAUGUCCAGAAAGUCCCAAAUCUCAUCUGACGACUCAGAGCACCUACAAUCAAUGGAAGUUAUAAAACGUCGGCGAAUCCUGUCGGUGACGCAUCUUCAUCCAUCAGACCUUGAGGAUUGUAUUGAAGAACUGGCUUCCUUGGGCAUCAAUGAUACCGAUGCCAUGAUGUGUUUAGAUACUGGAGUUAUGAUGGAUCCUUGCAGCGUAAGUAUUAUAGACUGGACCCCAUUAUGA